AUUCCUGAUUGUCACUAGUACUGUCAGUGACAUCUGAUGCUAGAUACAGACCUACACAUACACAGAUGACAGACGUCCCCGCUGUCUCUACUUUUUCGGCGUCGGGAGAGGAUGCGAUAACCCGCACCAUAGAGUUGAAUAUAGACUCAUCUACACAAGACAUAGCCCAGUCCGACUUCCUCGAAAUUUACGAGAUCGAACGAACAGUAACUGCGAUCGUAGAAGGGGACUUCAAACGAACAGCUCUCCAAUUUCCUGACGAACUUUUGCGUCAUUCUGUCCCAAUCUACCGUUUACUCAAGAGUAAGGCAGGCGAGGGUCAUGAUAUUUACGUCUUAGCCGACACUUCCUACGGAAGCUGCUGUGUUGACGAGGUUGCGGCACAACACGUCGAUGCAGAUCUAAUCGUGCAUUACGGCCACGCAUGUUUAAGCCAACCUUCUAGGCUUCCCGUGAUUUAUGUCUUUGGAAAGAAGCCUAUUGAUGUUGAUGAUUGCAUCAACCAACUCGGCAAUUGCUUAACCACUCGAUUACAGGAAGAUACAAACAGUGAUAGCGGUAAUCGACCAGAUAUUUUACUUCGCUAUGAUGUAGGAUAUUCCUACUGUGCAGACGUAAUCACCCAUCGACUGGGGAGUGAACUGCAGUCCCUAACUAUUAGGGUCUUGCACGACCCACUUCCAACUAGGCUUGAUCCUAAGACCACCGUGCAUAGUCCCAAAACCUUCGAGCCGGCUGUUGCCAAAGCCGAUGAAGAUAUCUGCACGAAUGUCGUGAUCGCAUAUAUCGGUGGCGAAAGCCUCAACCUUACGAAUUUAUUGAUGACGCACUCUCAUUGCGAGGUGUAUGCAUACGAUCCCUCUACAAGAUCCGCUCACUUGCAAUCACAUAGGACUAAUAAGUUGUUAAUGCGGCGUUUCGCGAUGGUCCAGAGAGCACGAGACGCAGAUGUUUUUGGCAUCCUCGUGGGCACGCUAGGAGUUACAUCAUAUCUACCCCUCAUAGCCCACGUCAGAAAGCUCCUAGCUCGUGCACAGAAGAAGAGCUAUACGAUCAGUGUCGGCAAGCUAAAUCCUGCGAAACUCGCGAAUUUCAUGGAGAUCGAGUGUUUCAUAUUGAUAGCAUGUCCUGAAAAUAGUGUGAUAGAUGCCAAGGAGUUUUUAAGACCAAUCGUUACCCCUUUUGAACUCGAGGUCGCGCUUCAAGCUGAAGGCACUUGGAGUGGACGAUACGUGCUAGAUUUUGAGAAACUCCUCGCCGGAGACUCUGAAAAUGACAUUGGUAUCGUUGCUGAAGGCAAUGAGAGCGAUCCAGAUCAACCGACCUUCUCCUUGAUUACUGGAAAGUACCGACAAGCAAGACGCUAUGGCACGCAAGACAAUGAGACGUCAACCGAGGGAACGUCAGCUGCUCUUACUCUUCGGAACCAAGACGGGGCUAUCUCGAAAUUAGCUGACAGUGCUGCAGCAUUGUUCCUUAACUCCCGCUCCUAUCAAGGGCUGGAGACUAAAAUUGGAGAAGAUUCUCCGUCUGUCCUGGAGCAAGGCCGUAGUGGUAUCGCUCGUGGUUAUUCUGAUGAUCAUGCAUGAAUAUAUCACACGUGUUAAUGUCGGGUUUUGAUGCGCUCUAGGAAUGUUGUGAUGCCCCUCAAACUUUUGCGCCUCGUCGUCAGACAGAACCCCCAGGGUAUAUCAUGUCCCACAGUAUUCAAAGGUUCUCUCUUGCAUCUGACGCUGUCAUCGCCAGUAUGUUCGUGCA